AUGGCCUCUGCAGCUUCUCGCUUUCUCCCCCGUCUCGCCCUUUUUGCGCACCAUUCAAAACCACUUUAUCGGACAACGCGUUUCUCUUUAAACAAACUAUCACUUCAUCCUCAAAAACGCUGCCUAGCUACACCACCGCCCCACAUCAACGUCAGCGAAUUAUCAACUGCAGAUUAUGACAGGUUAUCGGACGAAGUUAUGGACACCUUAGUCGAAGAUUUAGAGAGAAUACUCGACGAGCAUGGCAAUCCCAAAUAUGAGAUUGAUUACCACAGUGGUGUUCUUACAUUGAAACUCGGAGAGCAAGGAACCUAUGUGAUAAACAAACAACCACCCAAUAAGCAGAUAUGGUUGUCUUCCCCCUUCAGUGGACCGAAAAGGUACGAUUAUUCGCAAGAAGGAGAUAAAUGGACAUAUUCCAGAGACAAACGGUCACUAGGGCGGCUUUUGAAUGAAGAGUUGAGCAACGCAUUCAAACAGCAUAUCCACUUGAACGUUCCUUAG